UUAUCAUGAGGUAAAAUGAGUGAACUCAAAUAAUUCUUUACACUGACAUAAAUAAAAUCUUCACAGAAAAUACUACUCAACUAUUCCUGUCUUCUAUACCAUAUUUAGUGUCUGAAAGAUAGUAAAUUUAUAUCCCAAAUUCUCAGUUCACUGCCACACAAAACUCAAGAGCUAAAUGGAGUUUCAGCUCUGUACUGCAGCAACAAGCUUGCUUACCUUGCUACUGUUUCUCUAUUGUCUGCUAAAAUGGAAAAAUAACACCAAUACUAAUAUAGGAAAAAGGCCUCAUACAUCUAAUUCAUGGCCUAUUAUUGCACCUACAUCUUCUAAGUGGCCUUCUCACAUAUCAUUAGGAAAAUUAGCAGAUAAAUAUGGUCCAAUCUUCAUGAUUAAGCUCGGAAAAGACCGAGCUUUGGUCGUAAGCUCAGCAGAAAUGGCAAAAGAAUGCUUAGGUGCUGGUGACAAAGUAUUCUUAAACAGGCCUCAGAAAAUCUUUGUACAACGUAUGGCUUACAACAGUGCCAUGUCAGGCUUUGCCCCGUAUGGCGAAUACUGGCGCCAAACCCGUAAGAUCACCAGCAUUGAGCUUCUGUCGAAUCAUCGAGUAGAGAUGUUUAAGAAUGUCAGAGUUUCUGAAGUAAGAUCAGGCAUAAACAGAAUAUCAGAUGCAGGGUCUGAAUUAGUUGACAUGAAACAAUGGUUUCAUGACAUAAGUAUGAGCACUAUAAUAAGAUUAAUUUCGGGAAAGUCCUCCAUGGAAUUUUACCAAAGUGAGGAAUACAAUCUAUGCACAAAGGCGAACAGGGAUUUUUUCGAACUGGCAGGUGUAUUCGUCCCUGCAGAUGCACUUCCGUUUUUGACAUGGCUGGAUAUUGGAGGGUAUCAGAAGAAAAUGAAAAGGGUCGCAAAAGAGAUUAAUUUUGUAGCUCAAAAGUGGUUGGAAGAACACAAAGAAAGAAGAAGCUCGAAAGAGAAAGAAGAAAAGAGGGAUUUCAUGGACGUGUUGCUUAGUGUUUUUGAGACGGGACAAGAUAAACCUUUCCAAUUUGAUUCAGAUACAAUUAUCAAAGCCACUUGCAUGGGGAUGAUUUUAGCAGCAACAGACACCACAGCAGUAACCCUAACAUGGGCACUUUCAUUGCUACUCAACAAUAAGGAUGUCCUGAAGAAGACUCAAGUUGAGAUAGACACCGUGGUGGGAAAAGAGAGGCAGGUGGAAGAAUCAGACCUCAAGAAUCUAGUUUACUUACAAGCUGUUCUUAAGGAGACUAUGAGACUAUACCCUGCUGGGCCGCUUGCAGUUCCUCGAGAAGCCAUUACAGACUGCACUUUGAGCGGUUACCACAUCCCAGCAGGCACUCAACUCUUUGUGAAUCUUUAUAAAAUACAUAGAGAUCCUAAAGUGUGGGAAGACCCUUUGGAAUUUCAUCCUGAAAGGUUUCUUACAACUUACAAACAGUAUGAUGUUAGAGGCCAGCAAUUUGAAUACAUGCCAUUUGGAAAUGGUAAGAGGAUCUGUCCUGGUAUAUCCUUUGCCCUACUAGCCAUGCAGUUUACACUAGCUAGUUUACUUCAUGGAUUUGAUAUCUCAAUUCCAUCUGAUGAAACUGUCGACAUGACUGAGAGUUUUGGACUAACCAACCUGAAAGCUACACCACUUGAGGUCAUCGCCACACAUCGCCUUCCACACAACCUAUAUAGUGACUCUACUAUGACUGUCAAUUGAUAUCACCACCUUGCAAUAAGUCCUGGAACUAGCAUGUCACAAUCAACAUAAUCACAAUAUUUCACAAUGCUAUGUUCUGACAUUAGCUUGGACUAUUAUCCCCGAUAUUGUAAUUAUAUACUCUUGCUGCUGCAAGGCUUGAAGAAUAAGUUAUAGCUAGGAUGGAAACUACAUAAAUAAACGUAAUGAGCAGAGGGCCGACCUGUUGGAUUGUUAAAGAGUCUUCAUCAGUUUCUUGGUAGUGUCAAGCCUCUUAAAUGCUUCAAGUUAUCUUGUAUGUCCUGUGAUUUUCCAAUUAUCGAUUAUAAAGUCUUUGUAGCUGUCAUGACUCAUGACUUUUAAGAUCAAA